AUGAAUGCCAACACAUUUUAUGGUUUAGAACUUGGUGCUUAUGAAAAUUUGUUACCAGUGGAUAGAAACAUUCUUGAUGCUGCUAGUGGUGGAGAACUUGUCGAUAAAACUCCAGUUGCUGCUAAAGCCCUGAUUGACAACAUGUCACUCAACUCCCAACAAUUCACAACCAUAAAUAAUUCUAUGGUCCAAACAAAAUGUGUGAAUGACAUUCAGGUUUCCUCUUCCAACAAGGCUUUAGAAACCAGAAUUGAAGAGCUUACUUCUUUAGUGAAACAAAUGGUAGCGAAACCUCAAACAACAAAGUUGUGUGGUAUUUGUACUUCUACUGAACAUCCUACUGACACAUGUCCUAUUCUUCAAGAUGAUUCGGUCACUCAGUUGCCUCAAGCAUAUGCAGCUAACUAUUUCAACCAAAGCAACAAUCAGAGAGGUAUUCAGACUUUGCAGGCACAGAUUGGACAGCUUGCCACUUCGAUGAAUGCCAUGCAGCAACUCCAAGGAUCAAACCAACUUCUUUCCCAAACAGUUGUGAAUCCAAAAGACCCUAAUGCUAAUGUGAGUGCAAUUUCCUUGAGAUCCGAGAAGGUAACAGAACCAGCCCUAGAAAAAAAUAAAAAAAUUCUUGAGGUAACACCUGAACCUUCUUCCGUUGUGAUAGAAACUGAACCCUCUGUUAUGGUAGAAACUGAAAAAGAAAAAGAGAAGGAGUAUGUGCCACCAGUUCCAUUCCCACAUAUAAUACUGAAAAAUAAAAGGACUGGUGAUGGAGACAAGGAGAGAGAGAUUUUAGAUAUGUUCAGAAAAGUGGCGGUAAACAUUCCGCUUCUUGAUGUUAUUAAGCAGGUUCCAAAGUAUGCAAAAUUUCUAAAGACUUAUGCACAAAUUUCUACAUUCUGGACAUGUAUGGAGAAACAAAUUCAAGUAGAUCGCCCAUCAUUUUAG